ACAGGCCACACUUUUCAAAUUUUUGAAAAGUAUAUAUACAUAUAUAUUUAUUCCUCCCAUUUUUCCAAUGUGCACUCCUUUGUCUCACUUCCAAUCCAGAAAAAUGCAUUUCAGAUUGUGGUUGUAAAUUUAAGUGACAAAAUGUGAAGUUCAAGGGACAUAAACACUUUAGCUGUUCACUGAUUUUUAAAUAGAAUUAUGAAUAUGCAUCUGUUUGACUCGCAAAUAUGAAUAAAGGAUAUUAAACUUUUGCGGAUAUCCAAAACGUAUGAUGCAGAUGCACGAUCAUUUUUGUCAUCAUUUGACUUCCUCCUCGUUUUUUUUUUUUUUAUUUCAAGCUGGUAUUAGAUUGAGUUUUACUUUAUUGUUGGUGAAGACAAGACACCCUAAUAAGACCGCAUAGAGAUGACUGAUUACUAGGAUAUUCGGUGCCAAUCCCAGCUGUUACACCGGGAGACACAUUCAGUGAUUAUUUGAGAAAGAAACAAAGUGUUCUGAUUUGCUACUUUGUGGUCACGUGACCCCACAUCCGCUCUGUGGUUGUUGCUGUUAUGACAACGAACUUUGGAGGGGGCAGAUAAAUGGUAGCAACGGAGAAGAUGGUCAACUCUCACAAAAAACAGAACAAUUCCCUCCGAUGUACAGUGUAUCUGGACAUUGAGAGAGUUACAUGCCCAGGAGUCCUCCUUAAAAAAAAGUAUGGCAUCUACAUCAGUGUGCGUAUUAUGGGCCAGUACAGGAAGACUCCAUGUUUGCCUCCUGUUUUCCCUCUAGUGUUCAAUCACAGAAUGGUUUUUGUCAAGACUUUCUCUGGCAUUUUUGACCCUGCUGAUGUAGCUGACCUCCUCGAAGCUGACACCACAGUUUUUGAGCUGAUUCAGUUGGUCCCUCCAGAGGGGGAUAUUCUUGCCACAACGGAAGAAUGCAGCAGAAGUUUCCUGUAUCCGGGUCCCAGCAUAGUUUCCAGUGAAGGAUCUGCAAAAAGAGAUAUGAUGAUGAAAAGAACCUCCUUGUUUCCUGGAAUCUCCCCGAAAGUGGAGUUUGCGACAGUGUCAGUCAUAGAGGAGAGUGAUUGGAGAGACAGCUGGGUUCCUUCACCUACCUGUCGUGUUUCUCCUUUGAGGCCGUGUGUCACCCCGUCUCCGCAAAGAUCAACAGGGAAGUUUUCACCACAAAGGAAAGCAUAUGAUGUUGAUCCAGACCGCGUUGUGGCCAAAGACGACUCUAGUCCUCAAACAAACAAGAAGGACAGGAAACAGGGAGCUUCUGAGGACGUUGGAUACCGACGGCCUACAGUUUCCUCCAGGUCACGAACUCUGUCUCCUUACACGCACCGCAGGAUGUGUGAGCUGACCGAGGAGAGCAAGCAGCGGAUGAGCCACCUCCGCCUUGGGCCACACCUCUUUCGCAAGUCAACGGAGAAGCAGCCGCCCUUCUUGGUCCCUCGUCACAGUGAUCCCACUGGGAUGGGAACACCGGACCGCAGCAUGCAUCGACGUACCGCCAGUUUCUCAGCUGAUCACAUAGAUGCUUCUCUCUAUGGAAGCUACAGACAGAGGACAGAGCAAACUUCAGGCUCGUCCAUCCUAUGGGGAACAGAUCCACAACCGGAUCCAGAAGAUUCUGCAGACGCACAGAGUCGCCUAUGAGUAUAGAGGGAGCUGUAACUUUUAAUCCACCGCAUGAGUGUUUAUACAGCAAAACCUAAAUGUUAAUUCUAAUGCAUCCAGUGUUUUUCCACUAAAUUAUAUGUCAAGGGACAGCAGAGCAAUAUAUAUAUAUAUAUAUAUAUAUAUAUAUAUGUAACAGUAAGGUUUUCUAACAUGUCAGAUUCCAACUUGCACUAUUUUAAUAGAAAUCAAACCUAAAAGUGAAGAGUCAAACCAUCCCACGCACGUAAAGUAUUCCCUUUAUUAUAUUUAACAUUUUCAAACAUCUGGAGCGUGUGAAGGCAGUUUCUUUUCCCACCUACCCAUCUUCUGGGCUCCACUGGAUGUUUGAGCCAAACAGAGCCAUUUAUUAAACUCUGGCUCGGGUUUACAAAAGCCCCAUUUUGCGUGUGUGGGAAGGGGACGCGGAGGAUGUAAGCUGCAUCUGUCGAGGGCUCGCCUCUUAUAGCACAAAAGAUAAGCAUGAAGGUAGCCAAGAGCCACUGCUGCAAGCCCAUACAAAAACAGACUAGAGAUUUGAGCGAGAGAAAAGGAACAAAAGUAAUCCUGAAUGAAGGACACAAAGAGACCGAGACACGACUGAAAUGCAAACAUAGCUUCAUAGUAUUACAUGGAAAUGUCUUCAUCAUUGACAAAGCUUUACAGAACAUCCUUCUGCUAUGGGAUAGUAUGUAAAGGUAUUUGUGACAGCAAAUCAAAUUAUAGCUCUAUUAUGAACUCUUGUAACUUCAACACUAGAUAA